AGAACACUUUUGACAGUUCACGCAUUGCUGGGGACGUGUGGUUUGAUUAAUUUUUGUUGGGAAUUCAGAAAAUUAUUAAAAAUACAAUUGUAGCGUGUUCCAGAGUGUUAAAGAUAACUUAAACAACAAACUGUAACUCACGCUCAUCUGAAUUUCACAAAAUAAAUUUCAAUAGAAUUAAUCAACAAACGAGAGCUAGCAGACACACGUCACUUGGCAGCAACUGGUGAGAGUUGAACUCGGUGGAUUCUGCAAAAGGGGUAUUUCGGUUUUUCACGGUCACAUAAAUACUCGCCAUUGGAAAAAUCAUAUAUCUAGACCACAAUUUCCUUUUCCAUUCAUCCAUACGACAAGAGCAACAGCGACGCCAAUAAAAUGAGUAAAUUUACUGCAAUCCUGAAAAAGGAAUUCCCGGCCAUGGACAAUGAGUCGAAGGAUUAUGUUGAGGGUGUGCUCGAAUCCAUUGAGGAUUUUGAAACAGCUGAUGACAUCUACGAUGCUGUGGGUGAUAUAUUACAAAGUGUCAACAGUGAAAAGUCCGAGGAUGAUGUUCGUCAACUGUGUGAGCAAUUUUUUAAUAUCAUGAAUAUUGGCAAUAACAACACCACCCAACAAAAGGUGCUCAAUGCUCCGGUAAAUAUUGCUGAAAUGGCCAAAAAUAUGGAAUCCGGUGACAGUGACAUGCACAGCAUAUGGCUGGUCAAUAAAGAUGCUGGCAAUAAAGUUGAUGCCAAAAAAUUGGAGAAAGCCCAGGCCAAGCUACAACAGAAACAAGAGAAGCGGCAAGAUGCCAGUAAGGGGCCUCAGGCUCCAGUUAAGUUACAGCAAGCCACAGCUUCCCAGGUUACGAAUAAAAAAGCCACAAAAAUGGAUGCCAAGGGAACAAAUCGCUCCAUGGACAUUAAAAUUGAGAACUUUGAUUUGGCAUUCGGAGACAAGGUACUGCUGCAAAAUGCCAAUCUCCUUUUGUCGUUCGGGCGCCGCUAUGGGCUUGUGGGUCGUAAUGGUUUGGGAAAAACCACUCUAUUACGUAUGAUAUCCGAACGUCAAUUACAAAUACCUUCGCACAUUUCGGUACUUCAUGUCGAACAGGAAGUUGUGGGCGAUGAUACACCGGCCGUUGACAGUGUGCUUGAAUGCGAUACCGAACGUACCAGACUAUUGGCCAGAGAAAAGGAAAUUAUGUCACUGUUGAAUAGCGGUACCCAGGAUGCAAAAUUGAAUGCCGAACUGAGCGAAGUGUAUACGGCAUUGCAAAACAUCGAAGCCGACAAGGCAGUGGCGCGAGCAUCUGUGAUUCUAAAAGGUUUGGGUUUCGACACCGACAUGCAACAGAGACCGACCAAGUCAUUUUCCGGUGGUUGGCGUAUGCGUUUAGCUUUGGCCAGAGCUUUGUUUUCACGACCCGAUCUGCUGUUGCUUGAUGAACCUACCAACAUGUUGGAUAUUAAAGCCAUUAUAUGGUUAGAAACGUAUCUGCAAACUUGGCCCACCACCAUAUUGGUUGUUUCCCACGAUCGCAACUUCCUGGAUACCGUACCAACAGAUAUUAUUCACUUACAUUCCCAACAACUGGAAGCUUACAAAGGCAACUACGAACAGUUUGAGAAGACCAAAAACGAAAAGCUGAAGGCCCAAAGACGUGAAUAUGAAGCCCAAAUGGCCCAUAGACAACAUGUCCAAGAGUUUAUUGAUCGUUUCCGUUACAAUGCAAAUCGUGCCGCUUCGGUACAAUCAAAAAUCAAAAUGUUGGAAAAACUGCCUGAAUUGAAACCAGUUGAAAAGGAAGUUGAAGUCAAACUGAAAUUCCCCGAUGUUGAACCAUUAAAUCCACCCGUGUUGGCAAUAUCCGACAUUGAAUUUAGAUACAAUCCAAAGGAUACCUUACCCGUCUUUAAGAAUGUCAAUCUUUCAGCUACCUCAGACUCAAGAAUUUGCAUUGUUGGUGAAAAUGGUGCAGGUAAAUCGACACUGUUAAAAAUUAUUGUGGGUCAACUGACAACCCCACUUGGUAACAUAACACUUCAUCGCAGUCUCAGAAUAGGUUAUUUCGCCCAGCAUCACGUUGAUCAUUUGAAUAUGAAUUUGACAUGUGUCGGGGUAUUGGCUGAAUUGUUUCCCGGCAGGCCCGAUGAAGAGUAUCGCCGUCAACUCGGUAGUUUUGGUAUAUCCGGCACCUUGGCUUUACAAAGUCUGGCCAGUUUGUCGGGAGGACAAAAAUCCCGUGUAGCCUUGGCGAAAAUGUGUAUGGCUGAGCCAAAUUUCUUAGUACUCGAUGAACCUACAAAUCAUUUAGAUAUCGAAACAAUAGAUGCCCUAGGAAAGGCCAUUAAUGCUUUCAAGGGUGGUGUCAUUCUGGUAUCUCACGACGAACGCCUCAUUAAGGUUGUUUGCAAAGAACUAUGGGUCUGUGGCAAUCGAACUGUACGAGCAAUCGAAGGCGGCCUAGAUGAAUAUAAACGUGAAGUCUACAAAGAAAUUGAAGCCAAUAGUUAAAUGACUGUUUGUUUGUCCACUGAAUUAAAGCGGGGUUUCAUGUUAACAGAAAAAAUGUCCUAAACUUAUACAAAUAUUCAUAAACUAAGGCCAACAAUAAAAAAUGAAAGUUUUUUUUUUUGUAAUCUAUACACAUGAGAUUAAGUGGAAUAAAGGUUGGCCUUGACAUUAAGUAAAAUAGAAAGAAUUUAUUUAAUAAAUAAUAUUGAUGCAGAAAAUUCGACUCACCACAACAAA